UGUUAAGUUUGAGAAGAAGUGAAAUUGGCAGAAUAGAGGAGGAUAAAACGGUCUAAUAUUCAAAAUUCUUUCAAUGGGUUUAUAAGGAGUUUUACAAAUUACAGUUUAAUAUUGACUACGUGUGAUAUUUGACACGGAUUUCAUUGGACAGAAUUACAACGAACAAAAAGAGCGGGAACUGAAACUAAGCGGGGUGUCGGUCAAAGAUGGAGCGGUGGGUGGGGCUAAAACUACCGCCUUUUGAUUGGCCCUCGUUCCAGUUCGUGUAUACUACCAAUUGUCCAUUCACACACGAGUUCAUGGGUUAGACCAAUAGAAACACGCCAUCAGAAACGUCCCCGUCUCUCUGGUAAUUAGCAUAGACCAGUCAAUAAAUUCCUAUGUCCCGCUGUCUCUCUCAUCAUUGUCUCGUGAGGAUUUGAUCUCCAGCAGCGUCAUGCCUGAACCAGCGAAGUCCGCGCCGAAGAAAGGCUCCAAGAAGGCCGUCACCAAGACCGCCGCGAAAGGAGGAAAGAAGCGCAGAAAGUCCAGGAAGGAGAGCUACGCCAUCUACGUGUACAAAGUGCUGAAGCAGGUUCAUCCCGACACCGGGAUCUCUUCGAAGGCGAUGGGCAUCAUGAACUCUUUCGUCAACGACAUCUUCGAGCGCAUCGCCGGUGAGUCGUCUCGUCUCGCUCACUACAACAAACGCUCCACCAUCACUUCCCGAGAGAUCCAGACCGCCGUGCGUCUGCUGCUGCCCGGGGAGCUGGCCAAACACGCCGUGUCCGAGGGCACCAAGGCCGUCACCAAGUACACCAGCUCCAAGUAGAGGUCCGCUGCAGCUCCACACACGAAGGCUCUUUUAAGAGCCACACAACUUCUCACUGAAAGAGCUUCUAAUGUUUGUAGGACGUACUGUAAUAUCUCUCAUUUAAACUAGCUUAAGUUAGAUGUGCUGAAGUGGCUUAUUUCUCACGGGUGGCCAGGGAAGGGCCAACAACCAGUCCGGGGUGGCACAGAAUCUUCAUUAUUUUGCUUAAAAAAAAAAAUGAGUUCGACUAUAAUGUAGGCAUAAUGGGCUAUUUUAGUGCCUUAAACACAACUGAGUACAAUUAAUUUCUGCUUUACUGAAUUGAGAUUGCAAUUUGCAACUUAGAUCAAGUAACACUGGGAGAAUAUGACACUUUUUUUUUUUGUAUUCCUCACCUCCAGGUAUUUUAAUAAAGGGGCUCACUUUAGCUUUAUUGCUCAUUCAGCUUCUCAAAACUCAUAAAUGCUUGCUCUCCGACAUUAAUCAUGGAUGAGAAAAAGUGAUGAAAAUGUGAAAAAGGCCAGGAUUUCAUGACUUAGCUGUAGACAUCUUCAAGACUAAAAGACUUUAAACAGCCCUUUAAUCACAGAGCAGAUAAAUAAGUCAAAGCUUGUUCUUGUGUUAUAGUUACUUGAAUCUAGACUGUCACACUAGAUUUCACACACUGAUUGGCCAAAAAUAUAACAUUGGCUCUACUGAACACACACGUCUGCAAAACACACCCUAAGUCUUCAGUCCAGAAAUAAGCUUUUCAUAUUUCAUAGCAGUCGAUUCUGUUCCCCUCUGGAAUUCCUGUUUCCCCUCGGGUUGCAAGGUC